AUGGCGCGGAUGUCAACGUCCGUGGCGGUGAAGAUAAAUGGGCCAGUGAUCUCGCUUGCUGCUUCCAGACUGCGCAAGGAAGACCUAGCGCUUAUCUUGAAUAAAGUCGCGGACAUCAAUGCGACAUGCGACAGAGGCACUACAGCACUGAUCAACUGCGCAGCGGCUGGUGACGAUGAGGGUCUCGAAUUUCUUCUCGAACAUGGCGCAGACGUUCACAUUAUAUCGGAGUCUUCAGGAUCAGCUCUCUACGCGGCAGCCUUGAUAGGCAAUGAGGCCUGUUGCGGUGUGCUGUUGAAGGCUGGUGCUGACAUAAAUGCUUUGGGUGGUGAAUACGGAACUGCGCUGCAAGCGGCCUGCUGCGCGGAAGACAUUGAGACUGUUCGUCUUCUCUUGAACGCUGGUGCGGCUGUUAAUGUCGGGUCUCAUGGAACGUUUGGAUCUGCUCUAUCGGCAGCAUCUAGUGCAGAUGAGCCUGACAUCGCGAAGCUGCUGAUCGAGCACGGAGCAGAUGUCAACCUCGCUGGAGGCUACGAUCACCUUCCCAUUAUGGCUGCGGCCCAGACUGGCAACUUUGCCAUUUUGAAGCUACUCCUCGACCAUGGAGCCGACGCAGCUGCAACAGGUGGCCAAUGGGGAUCUACCAUCACCGCUGCUGCUUACGGCGACGAAAUGGAGUGUUUUGAAUUGUUGCUCGAGCGUGGUGGUGAUUUACAUGCAAAGGGCGGACACUACGGCAGUGCACUACAAGCUGCUGCAGUCAAAGCGAACCUUGCUAUCAUCGAUACGAUACUCGAUCAUGCGGUUGAACUGGUCAACUACUGUGAUGGGAAGUACUAUACGCCUUUAAUUGCAGCCGCUUACUACGAUCGUCUCGAGGUUGUAGACAUACUCCUCGAAAAGGGCGCAGAUAUUCGUGUUCAUGGUGGCCAGUAUCGCAGCGCCAUCACUGCAGCAGCCAUCAAAGGCAAUAAAGCCGUGCUGGAGAAACUGCUCGAACUACGACCUGACGAAGCUCUCGUGGAUGAAGCCCUAGUGGAAGCUUGCGCCCAUCGCCAAGCCGUCAGCGUGGACCUGUUGCUGCAAUCCCGCGCAAACGUAUUCACCCGGCACCCUACGCUGGGCUCUGCAAACGAUGCCCUAGAAGCGCCACAGGUUGUAGAGGAGAACUCGGACGAUGAAGAGGAUGAUCCAGAGGAAGAUGAUGAGGAGAGUGACGAAGAUGAAGACAGUGAAGAAGGUGUACAGUGGGAGGGCGACGAUGGCAAAUCAGUCUCGGACGACACAGAGGAUCGAAGCGUCACUGACUUGAAGCUUGAGGAAGAUUUGACGGAGAAAGCCAAGAUCCAGAAGCUGCUCGAUGAGGCCGUAGCUCGUCGCAAACGCAACCCGACAGUCGAGCGCUUUAAGUCGGUCCUCCAAAUCGACAGCCAGUGA